UCGAUUAUUCGAUUUAUCGAUUGCUUGUGACGCAUCGAUAAGGCAUCGAUGGCCGGGGAACUCCCUAUCGAUUAAUCGGGCAUGCGCAUUCAGUCGUCACGUGUAGGUCGUUUGCUCAGUGCAGUGUCUGUUAGUCUUGACUUCAAAUGAGUGUAAGGGAAGUACCAGACAGAAAUUACUUGAAAGAAGCGGGUCUCCUGCCUCCUAGGCAGUGCUCUUCCGAAGUUUGGCGGUACUUUGGCUUCCGUGGUGAAAACGGGAAGAUUGAGGAUCCGAAACACGUUGUAUGCACCAUCAACAAAUGCGGCGCCGUUCUGAAGUACUGUGGUAACACCACCAACCUGGCCGCUCACAUGAAAUCUCGUCACCCGCUAGUGUUUAUGAAAACAAGUCUCUCAAGAGACUCAAAUCCCGCGAAGCAGAAGGAGAAACGUGCGCAAGAGGAUCAGGCCGUCUCGAUGUCAUCUACUGUAGGAGAGAAAGCUGCAUUCGUCAGUCCAUUCCAACUCGCAGCAAAGCUACCAACAUCCAGUAAGAGAGCCUCUGUGAUCACUGACGCCGUUGCCUACUUCAUUGCUAAAGACAUGCAGCCGGUUAGUGCCGUAGAGUGCCUCGGAUUUCGAAGUAUGUUCAAGGUUCUUGAACCUCGCUAUGAAAUUCCGAGCCGAAAAACAUUCACCCAAAGAGUGCUUCCCGCUCUCUAUGUGAAAGUCAAGGAAUCAGUUGCAACCGUGGUAUCUUUGGCAGAAUGGUACGCCAUAACAACAGAUUGUUGGACCAGUUGUGCCAACAACUCUUUUAUCGGUGUCACCUUUCACACCAUUAGUAAUGACUGGCAGCUUCAGCACCUCGUCCUGGAGAAUGUGGAGCUACCUGACAAGCACACAGCUGAGAACCUGGCUGCUAGUCUGGAGGAUAUUCUGAAGCAAUGGGAACUUGAUUCUACAAAACUUUCUGGUGCCACAGUAGACAACGCAGCCAACAUACAAAAAGCAGUAGCAGAUAUUUUGAAAUGGAAGUGCUUAGGUUGUUUUGGUCACACUAUCAAUCUAUGUGUGAAAGCAGGGCUGAAACAGCAACAGAUACAGGUGGCCCUUGCCAGAUGUUCCAGGCUGGUCAAAUUCUUUCGGAAAUCCACAGUUGCUGCGAACCUCCUAACCAAGAAACAAGCAGCGUUGGAGUCUCCAGUGCAUAAGCUGGUGAAGGAUGUGGAGACACGAUGGAAUUCCACCUAUGAUAUGGUUCAAAGGAUCAUAGAACAACAAGGUCCUGUGUGUGCAACACUGGUAGAGCUAAAACGAUUAGACCUGUUGCCCAAGGAAGAAGACUUCACCCUGCUGGAGCAGUUGGUAAAUGUCCUGAAGCCAUUUAGAGAUGUGACCAUUCAAGUUCAAGGAGAACAGUAUGUCACUAUAUCAAUAAUUAGACCACUCCUUCAUCACCUCACUGAGAAUGUGCUGCAACUACAGGAAACUGACUCCUCCCAACCUUGGUUCUCGAUACCAAUCACUUUCAAUUUCAAACCUGCUUGA